GCGAGGGACGACGCGUUGAACUGCAUCUUCUUGCCCCUGAUCAAGAAGGGCCACGCUGCGACGCCGCAGAUCAAACAACUCAGGGCGAUCUUAGCCAACGGGCGCAUCUGCAAAAGUGGGGCCAACCAGGGCGUGGUCGACUCUCGCGAAGCAGCCUUGUUGCGCGCGACUGUUCUGGAUACGCUCGGAGACCACUCUUUGGAGACAGUGGCCCGCAUUCGAGUUGAUUUGGCAGAGUUCCGCAAGAUGCAGCAUGGCGGUUUUGACAAAGAGUGGGCGUCCUUCAGCCGCGAGAUGGACGAGAUCGCGUUUUGGUGCGCGAACAAGAACCAGUGGAGGCGCGCUGGCCAGGCCGACAUGAAGGAGGCCCCUCUCAUGAAGGAGCGGCUGGAGGCGGCCGAUGGAAUCGCCGAGGCGUGCGCGAAGGCCAGCGAGCAUGAGCGCGAACCCCUUCACGGAGACCUCAUCGAGACGAAGAUGGAGCCUGCUCGCCUCGAGGAUAUGUUCACCAAGAACUGUGCUCCGAAGGAAGUGGCCGAUCUUUUCGAGGAGACGCUGUCGACGGUGAUGGAGAGAGCUCUGCGCUACAACGUUGCGGUAAAGUUCGCUACCGCGGAGCACUGCGUCGAGAUCUUCACAGCGGUUGGGCAGAUCGCGAACCACUACUUCCUGACUUGCAAGCCCGCCUCGAAUGAGGACGUGAUGGGGUUUGACCUGGUCAACUUCGGCGCGAACGUGGAGCUCGCCCGUGAGCUCUGCGACCUAGCGGACCCUGCGGAGGAGAAUCAGCGAUUCCAUUCCUUGCAAGGACGUCUGGCCUUCUUGAGCUCGAUCGCAGAGGCGCUCGAUUCGUGCCGCGCCAUGUCGCGCAUUGGCAGUGCGGUCGAGCAGGUCACGAACGACGGCGGCCAUUGUUUCUCCGAGCGCUUGGUCAAGGCCAGCAUCGCCGCCAAAGCCCGCGCGGCCGCGCGCAGUCGACAGGGCGUGCACGAGAACGGGUUCAUCCCGCAGAAAACCUUCGAUGCGAGCAUGCGCUUCGCGAUGCAAAAGGUGGGCGAUUGGAUCCGUAAGUAUCAGGAGGCCGACGUGGAGCAGGACCGCAUCGAGUUGCAGGACGCGCAUGCCAGCUUGGCCAAGCUCGCCUUCUUCUUCGACGACGAGGAGGUUGGUUGGAAGCGCGGCCUCUCGGGCGACGCAGGCGUCGACGACGCGCUCGCGCAGGCGAGGAGGACCGUCUUCUUGAUCAAGGGCCUGGCCGCGAAGACGAUGACGGCGAUCGACGACGCCGAGAAGUGCAAUAAUAACUUGGAGGACACGGCAGCGAAGUGCACGAAAGACCUGCUGCCUAUCCAGCAGGAGACGGUCGACAAGGCUAUCGAGGGGAUUCGUUUGGCGAAUGUGCCGAGGUUCGAGGCGGGCGCCAUGCAG